AUGACGCGCCUUUUCUUAAAAAUCGUAAAACAAAAACAAGAAAACAAACACGCACCCGCACAAAUAACUCGUGGGUUGUGAACGCCCCUAGCGGCCAGCUGGGGAACAUCAAACAAUGGGUCAGUGGAGCGGCGGAGGAGCAGCUGUGCGGGUCGAGACUUUAAAGUGACGAACUGGGAAAGACCGUCAAAGUCGGUCUGGCGGACUAACGCGCCGGGUUUUGCAUCGAAGACACCGUUUGGGAUGAGUCUGCCGGCGAAGGGCGGCCUGUCCUCCGCUGGGUUGAUGUGAAAGUCUGAAGGGUUUGUCAAGACGGGAGACGUGCGGAUCCGAGGCAGACAUGAACUCAGUUAUGCAGAAGCCUCCAUUGGCUCCUAAACCGAAGCUAGUCCACCCCCAGAGGCCCGGCUUGUCUCCUGCUACCCCCAGACGUGAUGGCCUCCCUCACCCUUCCCCUUGUACAUCAAAGAGGGUUAAACCAGCACUGGCUCCCAAACCCUGCCUGCAUAAACACACUGUGGAAUCCAAACCAUUUGCUUCAAAGAGCCCACACCAGAUAUCUGCAUCUGAAAAAUCAGAUAUCCCGAGGACUGUAGGCCUCCUGAAUUCCAAUAAUGGAGUACAGAUAGUAAACAAAAAGCCAGAUUGGGAUUAUAUCAUUCCAAUCUGCCUUUGUAGCCAAGAAAAGUGUCAGUGCCUGGGCAGCACUACAGACAAGGCCCUUGACAAAGACUUACAGAUGUUGCAUAAAGGUAAAACUGAAGACUUCAGAGAGGCCGUCGCUAGAUCGAAAAGUAAACUGGAUAGCAACGGGGAGAAGCUAGACAACGCAAAGGGCCCGAAAUUCAACGGCAAUGCUCUAUUGAAUGUUUCUUUACAGCCAGCAUACACCAAUGCCCACCCCCUUUAUCAUAAAUGUUCCCUGGAGGUGAAGGUUCAGACUGAAGCACUUCACAAAAACCUCAUUACAGACCUUGUGACCCCCAAUAAUGUGGUCACUGCAAAGCCCUGGGUGUCUCACAGAACCUGGAGCGACGAGGUUAAUGGCAACACGAGUCCUUCGAAUGAUGUUGGACAGGAAUUAGCCAGUCCUGUCUCUUCUGCCCCAUCUCACAACUCCAACAAGGUCUCAGUGGCCCUUAGGAAGCCUCUCCCUGUCCCUUUGCCACGGAAGCCCAGGAAGGAGCCCUUGCCCCGCCAGGAAAAGGUGGAGGAAGAGGAUGAUCAGAGGUUGAGGAGGGACGGGUGGGAAAUAGGCAUCAACGAGGUGAAGGUGUUGUCUGGCAGCAGGACGAUCCCGUCUCUGUCUGGCCACAAAGAUUUCCCGGAACAGAAUGGUCCUGUUGGUGUAAACGACCUGAUCCUCCCUCUCCCGCCAGCUCCCCCACCCAGGAAGAAACUGUUUCUAUCUGCCCACGAGAGACCCCCCGCCUUGGCUUCUCACACCGUCCCACAUGCCAUGGACCAGGAGGAGGAGGAGGUUCUGCAGUGGGAUGCUGGCACCUACGGGAUGGAGUGCUCUGUGGAUGAGGAGGAUGAGAAGGUGGGGAAUAAGGAAGAGAGAUAUGAUAAUAGGGAGGAGGUUCACUGCGGCCUCACACAUUUUCCUCCUGCCACCAGCAGACCCGAUCAGCUGGAGCUCAACUGUCACUCAGACUUCACCGCAGCAACCGGCAGCAGUUUUGUGGAAGACAGCAGUGUCAAGGUAGUGCUGAGCAAACCACAGAGGCACAGCGCCCCCUUGGCGUGGGCACCAAAGAUGGAACCCACUGUGGAAGCAGAGGAAGGGAAACUUCCAGAAAAUAAUAAAAAGCUGGACCUUGCUCUAAAGGAGACAGCUAUAAAAGAUCUGUUUUUGACCCCAGAUGAAAGAGUGGGCAGAAGCAUCAACCCAUCUCUGAUGUCUUCCAGUUCCACGAAGCCUAUUUGUUCCAACUCGGGCAAGCCAAGGUCCAAGUCGUUCACUACCAUUGACCUCAUUCGCUCUGACAGACAGAAAAGGAACACUUUCAGGAAGCUCCUCGACCUGAAACUCUCUGUGAAGAUGUUUCCCAAACUCACAGUGAAAGGAGGUCAGACACCAGACCACACCGUGGCGGAAAUAGAACAAUGUGUGGAUGGGGACCAAAGUGGUGACUGCAGCCUCCAACAGAGGCUGGGUUUAAAGGUGCCGGCGGGACGGAAGUUCUCCUGCCCGCAGAUUGGCCUGGAGCAGAAUGUGGAUGGAGAUGAGUUCUUUCCUGAUAUGGAGUAUGAGAACGAUCCUCACUACGAGGAGAUUCUGGACUAUAUGAACCUACCUGUGGGGGGCGCAGCGGUCCAGUCGCCCUCAGCCUGGCAGAACUCCAUGUAUGAUGAUGAAGAUGAGAACAUCUAUGAAGUGCCAGAGCCGUAUGUGUCCCUAGACAAAAACACCAGACUUCAACAGAAACAUACUGGCACCGAAAGCGCCUCUCCGUUUGACACCACACCCCGUCAACAUGACAGAGGCUCCGCUGAAGAAGCGAGGGCCCGGCUGGAUGACGGGACCUUGGUCGACGAUGUCAUCAUGGACCACAGCUCGGAUGAGGAGGACGACAGAAGCUCCACCUCCAGCAAAGGAGAACCUCAGCAGCCAGAGGUGGAGCGUGGGCCGAAAAAGAGCAAGAUACACUACAUCGCCACCGAGAUUAUGAUGUCUGAGAAUGUGUUUGUUGGCGUCCUGAAGCUGCUACAUAUUGAUUUCCGUGAUGAGGUUUCCAAGGCGUCUCAUCUGACCGGGAAGCCGGUGAUUGAGGAGCGGAUUCUGAACCAGAUCCUGUACUACCUGCCACAGCUCUACGAGCUCAACCGAGACCUGCUCCGGGAGCUGGAGCAGAGGGUCGCCAGCUGGGAUGAGAAUGCCCAGCUGGCAGACAUCUUUGUGAAGAAAGGGCCUUAUCUGAAGAUGUACUCCACUUACAUCCGUGAGUACGACAGGAAUGUGGCUCUACUGGAAGAGCAGAGCAAGAGGAACCCGGUGUUUGGCGGCGUGGUGCGGGAGUUUGAGGCUAGUCCACGCUGCGCCAACCUGGCUUUGCGGCAUUACUUACUGAAGCCUGUACAGAGGAUCCCUCAGUAUCAACUGCUGCUGACAGACUAUCUCAAAAAUCUGCCUCAGGACUCGGUAGACUACAAAGACACACAAGCCGCCCUUGCCAUAGUGAAAGAGGUGGCUAAUCAUGCAAAUGACAUUAUGAAACAAGGGGAUAACUUCCAGAAGCUGAUCCAGGUGCAGUGUAGUCUAAAUGGCCACCAUGAGAUAGUCCAGCCCGGGAGGGUCUUCCUUAAAGAAGGCGUUCUUAUGAAGUUGUCCAGAAAGGUCAUGCAGCCCAGAAUGUUCUUCCUGUUCAACGACACGUUGCUCUACACCACUCCCGUUCAGUCAGGCCAGUAUAAACUGAACAAUAUGCUGUCUCUAGCUGGCAUGAGGGUUAGCAAGCCGAACCAAGAGGCCUACCAGAAUGAGCUCAACAUUGAAAGUGUGGAGCGCUCCUUCAUUCUCUCCGCAAGUUCGGCUACAGAAAGAGAUUGUUGGCUGGAGGCCAUUUCCCUGGCAAUCAGUGACUACACCAGGAAGAAGAUCACUUUCAUAGCUGGCAAAACUCCAGAGGAGACAGAGCUAACAGGUGGGGACAGCGGUGCUCCUUUGGGAUCCAAAGCCCCCAUAUGGAUCCCUGAUCCGCGAGCCACUAUGUGCAUGAUCUGCACCUGUGAGUUCACUCUGACAUGGAGGAGACACCACUGCCGUGCAUGCGGAAGGGUGGUGUGCCAGUCAUGUUCCUCCAACAAACAGUGUCUGGAGUACCUGAAGAACCAGCUGGCUCGGGUGUGUGAUCAGUGCUUCCUUGUUCUUCAACAACAGAAAAGUGAACAAGUCCUGUCAACGGCUCUGUCACCAGGGAACAGGUCGGCCUUUGCAUUCUCUAGAAAACAAAAGAAGAUACCUGCUGCCCUCAAAGAGGUAUCAGCUAACACAGACAACUCCUCAAUGAGUGGUUACUUGCAGAGGUCAAAGGGAAAUAAGAAGCAGUGGAAGAGGCUGUGGUUUGUCAUCAAGGACAAGGUCCUUUACACGUACGCAGCAAGUGAGGAUGUGGCUGCGCUGGAGAGCCAACCCCUGCUCGGAUUCAUGUUGAAAGGAGAAUCAAGUCAGAGGUUGCAGUUCAAGCUCUACCACAAAAACACGCUGUACUACAUCUUCCGAGCAGACGACAUCCAGACAGCCCAGAGGUGGGUUGACUCGUUCAAGGAGGCGACGGUUCUUUAACGGCAGACGACUUGUGAACAUGUCCGUUCAGCUCGACGCGGUCAGACCCCGUCAUGUGACGAGCCGCAACAGAAUAUCAUCGAUAAUCGAAAUGACCUCAGCGCCGCCAAACACUGCAGGAAAAUGGGGAGGCGACAACACAGGCGGGGCCGCAUUAAAAUGUAGUGUAAAUGUACUUGAUUUUUUUUAUUUUAGGAAAUCUGGAUACCUUUCAGUGUACGAUCGGUCGUAUUGAAAACCGUAAUUCACAAAUCACUAGUGUAGGUCACGUUUGGGGCCAGCUGUUAAGUUCGUGUACAGUUGUUUAGACGAGUUAGGGGGGGGGGCGUGCAGCCAUCACCUGUACUUCUUUGUGCAUUGAUUUUCCUUCCAUAACAUGGUCGUUUCCUCUUGCGGGAACCAGCUAGGAGUUUUCACAUCUUUAACAUGUUUUCUCAACAUUUUUAGUAUUUCUUAAAUUGAUCAUGAAGUAAGCCUGUUAUUCUGUGUAUUAAAAUUUAUUUGGAAAAAACCCUCUAGAUCAGUAAUAGUACAAAAAAAAAGGAUGUCUCAUUUUAAUUAGAAAUAAUCACUUCAUCAGUGUCGUAAAGAAGCAUUUCUAUGGUUUGUGUUGUUGGCUAUAGAAAACACAAUGGCAGACAUGGUCUUGCAUGGGGUACCUAUGGCUUUUGUUUAUCACAUGACCUGAGGAAGAUGUGUUACUGGGGGUAAUUCACUCUGUUGUAAUGUACCAAAACAUUCACUGCACUUGGGUCUGGACUUCUCACGUAAAUGCUCGUACAGAUGGUGAAUGGAGGACCCAAAAUGACGUCUCCCCGUUCGAGACUUAAUGUAUUCCUGUGUAAAUGAUUUCAAGUAGAUGGAAAAUUGUAUAAUCUGAUGAAUUUAAUUUUAUUACGUGACUUUUAUAAGUGCUGCGUUUGCCUCGUUUCACUGCAAUAA